CCGGAAGGCGUCUCUGGCAGGUCAAUGGCGGACGCGCUGCCAGAUUGCGUCCCGCUGUGGCGGGACUUCACCGACAAGCUGCUCAAGCCUCUCGCCUGGCCGUCCUUCUGGCAGGGGGUCUUGUUCGGCAGGGAGUGCAAUGGAGCCUCGCCUCAUGCAGCCCCGGUCGCCUUGCGACUGGCCCAGCCGAUGGAGGGUGGGCCAUCAUUGCUGCCGCUGACGCCCGGCUCGUCGAGCACCAUGCUGCCGCUGACGCACGACACCGUGCAGGGCGCGGCACAGCUGGCCGAGGAGCACAAGUACUUUCUCGGCGCCUGCCUCGCGAUUGCGCUGCUGCUGGCGCUCGCCGUGCGGCUGCGAGGCGCGCCUGCGAGGCUCUCACGAGGCGGCCAGCACAUGGUGCUCAACGACGAGGGCGGCGGAAUGCGCACGACGAGCGGCGGCAGCGGCGGCGGCUUGGCCCGCUUCUUACCAUGGGGGUCGGCCCCAGGAGGCAGCUCCGGGCCGGUGGGCAUCAUGGAGGCGGGGCUCCUUCCGAAGCCCGUGCAGGCGCCACCGCCAAGAGGAGGAGGCGCCACUCAAGCAGGCUCAGAUGUAUGAGGCGAGUCGGAAGGCGGAGGCGGCGACACCGCGAGGCGGCUCGCUGCCGGUCACGGCGACGCCACGAAGCCGCCAGUCGUUUUCGACGCGCUUGUGAUUGAGGCUGUCGCCAGUGUCCCAACGGCGGGAGGGAGGCAGGGAGUAGCCGGCUACUUGGACGGGCGCUUUGGAGCAGGUCAAGGCGGUGUGCGGCGGCCAAUCAGAGGAUAGCCGGGCACGGACUCGGCCCGCCUUACGCGGGCCUCUUGGUGCUCGUUUGAGCCCCCUCUGGAGCGGGUCGCUCUGUGUCUGUCUUGCGAGAGGCUUCUAGGCGUUGUCGACGUGCGUGAGGAGUGGGAUCCGAGUCAAGAGUGGAGAGAGAGAUGUAGAGGGAGUUCUCCGAGAGAGAAAUCUCAGAUAGAGAAUUAGAGAU